AUGAUGCUCUGGAAAGCUGUCAGCCUGCUUACCUUGGUAUACAUAUUGUCAAGUAAGUACUAUAUUUGCUUCAGAAUUUCGUAGAAAAAAAAGUAGGUGUUAAAAAGAUUUUCAGCAUUACAUACAGCUUUAAACUAGCUUUGAAAAAGAGUUUGCUCCUCUGAUCUGUGAUCAAAUACCCUUGUUCAUUACACGAGCAAACGUUGUUCAAUUUCAGAGGAUGUUUUUGUUGUUGUUUUUUUUUCGCUGUGGCUAUAUGACCGGUAACCGGUCAAGGUUUUCAAAACACUAAAUGACCGGCAGUCCGGUAUUUUCAAUAAAUUUGACUAAGAAUCCCAACCAAUCCAAACUAUCACGAUAUGUCGAUUAAGAAAAGUCAAGCGAUCCUGAAAUGCUUUAUAGAUCUCAAGUCUAGCCUUUGGUUUACGCUGGGCUCAGAAAACGAAACCAUGUUUUGUGACACUUGGCACUUUUUUCAGGUUGACUGCCGGUCAAGGUUUUGAAAACACUAAACGACCGGCGUCCUAUAUUCUUUAUAAAUUUGACAAAUCGACAAAAUCCAUCUAAUCUUAACUAUCAAAUGUCGAUUAACAAAACUCAAGCGAUCCUGAAACACUUUAUAUAUCUGAAGUUUAGCGUUUGGUUUACGCGGUGCUCAGAAAACGAAACCAUGUUUUGUGACACUUAGAACUUUUUUCAGGUCGACUGCCGGUCAAGUUUUUUAAAACACUAAAUGACCGGCAGUCUACCCUGCUAGCAGAGUCGCUUCCAACUUUCCUAGAUAAGUCGAGAAAGAUGAAAGAGGAAAGCGGAAAGAGGAAGGAGGAAAGAGGAAAAAGGAAAAAGGAAAAAGGAAAAAGGAAAGAGGAAAGAGGAAAGAGGAAGCUGAGAAAAGCUCCAAGUGUCAUUAAACAUGAUUUCGUUUUCUGAGCCCAGCGUAAAUCAAACGCUAGACUUGAGAUCUGUAAAGCAUUUCAGGAUCGCUUGACUUUUCUUAAUCGACAUAUGAUAGUUUGGAUUGGUAGGGAUUCUUAGAUAAGAUUCUUAAAUAAGUCGAUAAGCAGAUAAGUCGAAUUUAUUUAUUUCUUAGAUAAGUCGAAUUUGGUGAAAAUACCAGACUGCCGGUCAUAUAGCCACAGCGUUUCAAAAUACUAAAUGACCGGCAGUCCUGUCUUUUCAGUAAAUUUCACAAAUCGAAAAAAUCUAGCUUAACCAAACUAUCAUAUGUCCAGUAAGAAAUUAAAAGUCAAGCGAUCCCGAAAUGCUUUAUAGAUCUCAAGAAUAACGUUUGGUUCACGCUGGGCUCAGAAGACAAAACUAUGGUUCGUGACACUCAGAACUUUUUUCAGCUCGACUGCCGGUCAAGGUUUUCAAACUGGCUCUAAAUGACCGGCAGUCCUAUAUUCUCCAUAAAUUUCUCAAAUCGAAAUAAUCCAGCUAAACCAAACUAUCAUAUGUCGAUUAAGAAAAGUACAGCGAAAUGUACUGAAUAUAGGACUGCCGGCCAUUUAGUGUUUUGAAAACCUUGACCGGCAGUCGAGCUGAAAAAAGUUCUAAGUGUCACAAAACAUGGUUUCGUCUUCUGACUCUUCUGAGCCCAGCGCAAACCAAACUCGCUUGACUUUUCUAAAUCGACAUAUGAUAGUUUAGAUUAGCUAGAAUCUUUCGAUUUUGUGAAAUUCACCAAGAAUAUGGGACUGCCGGUCAUUUAGCAUUUUUAACACCUUGACCUUUUUUUCAAUACAAUGUUGGUUAUUCGACGGUAGAACGAGUAAGAUUUCUGAUACAAAAACAAUGAGUCCGCAAAUACCGUACAAAUCACUUUCCAUGUGGUAUUGUGUUUAUUAUAUACAUACUGAGACAUUCAUCAUUUUGGCGGCCUUUUUAUUUUAAAUCUUUCAAAAAUGCUAAAAUUUGCCGCUACACACUUACCGCAAAAUGACAACGAAAACGAAGUAUCCGCUUUUUAGUAAAAACGUUUGUUAAAAACACAAAUGACGGUAAGGAUAUGAGGUAAUCCAAGAACUAUAUGUAAUCUUAACUGUUUGUUCUCAACGCACAAUUUAAAAUGAGAGAAUUUAAGUAAAAUGGCCGGUAAAAGUAGCUCCGACAAAAAGCACAACAAAAGCUUACGUCUCGUUCUGUUUAUCCCUUUCCGUUGUUGUUUCGCCGGCUCUCUACCGUUUUCUUUAUCGACAGUGAAACAAACGAAACUAUUCCACUCCAUUUCCGAAAUGUUUCCAGGGGCACCCAAUGGAUCUGUUCCUCAAAAUAUCUGUUCUUCAUGCAAAUUUUUGCUGGCUGGGAGAUGUGGAAGAAAUAAUAGCGGAGCUCCUCGCGCGCGCGAAGCGCGCGCAGAGCGGAGCGCCAUGGGUAAGAAAAUUUGGUAAACUAUCCAUCUGAGAAAAUUUGGUUAUGACAUAGCGCUCUUUGUUGACAAAUGCACCGCUUGUCAAAGUCAUUGGAAAUCCGAUUUCGGAUGGCAUCGUUUUCAAAAAUGAGCCUACUCACUUGCCCUUGCUUGAGGCGUAAGAGGAUUGAAAAUUCUGGAACACUUGAUGACCUUCAGAAGCAGCAUCUCGACUGGUAAGCCUGAGAAAUUGUUGUCUUUGAUGUGUUUUUUUUUUUCGGUUUCCUGAAGUCGAGCGUAUGGUUUAUGCGGCUUAAGUUUAUAUACGAGCAAUGAUCUAACCUACAAUAGUAUCAGGUUUAAAAAGCCUUUAGACAUUUUUUGACCUCAAAUUCAAAGAAAAUGUUCCGAAGAUUAUUUACUUAUGAUUUUGACUGUAAAAAGAAAGCCCUGAGCGAUUUUCUUGCCUCGAGUUCAUCUUGAAAAAGAGCAAACACCGAGAAGCCGGCUUAAAACAUAAAUAAGCUUAUGCUUACCUGACUCAUGAUUUUCAAAGACACUUUACUCUCAAUACUUCUCUUCGUGAAUGAAAAUUAUUGUCUCUGUACGUGUUUCACCGAAUUAUAUAUAUUUUAUUGAUUGUUAGUAGUCCCUCUCGCAAUUUUUAUCGCUGCACCGGUUGUAUCCAGUCGAACAUAAACAUCUCAUGCAGGAAUACUCAAAACGUCGCGCGUAAAUAUCACUCGCUUUUAAAGAUUACACAUAACAAAACCGUCCGCAGUUUAAUAAAUAAAGGGAAAUAAAACCUAAACAUACAAUUUGUCUAUCAUGUUGAAGCGUAAAUGGUAACUCUAUUAAUCGCACUGCAAAUUUAGUGCCUGUCAAAAGUGAGCCACGUCCGGCUGGCCGAAAAGUGAUUUUGGGAAUUUUUUUAUCGUUUUCAUUAAAAGCCCAUUUUACCCUGCAUAUCACAUAGGACCAGAUUUUUCUAACUGAAAGUCCUGGAAUUAGAGAAUUCUCUUCAUGAAAACGUUUUAUAAUUCAAUGCUAUAAUUUGUUGUGCAAAGGAAGCGCGUGCUUUGAUCGUCGUAAAUAUUGAAUGAGUGCAAAUUCUCUUGCAAAAUUGUGAAAAACUGCAGAAUUAUAGGUUUAAAUAGGGCAAAAAAGAACAAAUUCUGUCCGAGGUCUGUAUGAUAAAAACAAGGGCCUCAUAGUACUGUUUACCUGAGACGUGAUGAGAAAAAGUAUGUUUAAAAGGCUGGUUUGCACUCCACCAGAUUCGUCGCCAAGAUUUACUAGUAAACUAAACUUGUCGAACACAAAAAAUCCGGUCUGAGUUUUUAGUUUGGCCUCUCUUUUAGACAGAGGAAUGCAACGUGUAAAUUGGCUGCCACCAAGGACUAUCGUGGCGCCUGUGUUUCUUAAAAUUAUAUUUCGGGGUUGUCCAAUUAUCCAUAGUCUCUCAAACGGAGCAAUGUUGGAGAGAGUGGUGAAUGCCACAUUAUGAUUCAACAGCUAAUGCAAAUACAAUACACGAAUAGGUAGGUCUAUUUGUUUUCCAGGCCUAAUCUACUGUGAUCGAACAUGAUUGCUAUUUUUGGGUGUACAAAUAAGAUUAUUUAAUAACUCGAUGUAAAAGCUGUUUCACUCUUGGACUGUCAAAUUAUUUUUCUCUAAAAUCACUUAGCCUUUGCCUCAAACGUCAAAUGAAUGUGCCCUGAUCUGCGGAUUACAAGUUUAUUGUUUGAUUUAAAUUAUGAAUUUAUUAACGGGAGCUUCGCUUUUAGCCCCGGCUAAAUCUAUAUAUUAGUCCUUGGAAGGAAAGUGUUGCUGGGAAAAAGAUAAUUCAGGGUGUCAGAGGGGAUUUGAAGUCUAGAAUAGCUGCUACGGGUUACUUGUAUGGGUUGCUUACCACUCAAGAUCUGAAUUGUGCCCUAUGAAACUUCCCAGUAAGUCAGGUUGCAGGUUGUAAGGUUGCUGGCUGGGAACUCUUCCAUCAGUCUUGCUGGGAGUGAGGAACAGAUAAUUUUUUCCAGCAAUCUCCCAAAAUGCUUAAAAUAGUCUCAGAAAACUUUAUUCACGCUUUGUUGUUGUUUUUAGGUCGUUUUCUCAAAAUUUCCCGUUGGGUGCCCCUGUGUUUCUCACUUUUUUAGCGCGAAAAACUCUCUGAGUAAAACUUUUCUCGUUGAAUGUGUGCGAAGCGGCGGUGCAAGCUGCAAUAAAAGGCGGGAAUUUUGGCGCGAAACUCACACACCUCUGUGGCUUCUGAUUGGACGUAUCAUUUUUCUCACACGUGAAAAAACUUCGUUCGCGAUUCUGAUUGGACGUAUCAUUUUUUUUCACGUGUGAAAACCAUCGUUCGCUCCUCUGAUUGACUAGAACUAAUUUGCGUACGAAAAUUUACGACAUAGCUUUUUGGUGAGUAUUUCUCAGUAUGUAUUUAAUAAAUAACAAUUAUUCACCGAAGUGGAGGUGGCUAGUAUUGGAUAUUUAACGAGCCCGCGAAGCGGCGAGGUAAAUAUAUCCACUACUAGCCACCGACACUGAGGUGAAUAAUUGUUUUAGUAUAUACUAAGGCCCCGUCCACACGUAUCCGGAGAUUUUUGUAUCCGCAAAAUUUUUUAUGCGGAUACACCUAGCGUCCACACGUGUCCGCCGUAUACGCUCGGUGUAUCGGGAGAUUUCUGUAUACGCUCUCCAGAGUGGAAAUUUCUGUAUACGCUGUGUAUCCGGAUACGUGUGGACGCUCGUAUCCGUAUAUUUUUGUAUACGCUGGCGCCAAAAUUAUCGCAGGCUCAGCUUUCUUUGUAAUGCGCAUGCUCUGUUGACUAAUCCUUUGAGAUGUCCGGAUACGAAUCGGAUACGUGUGGACGGUUGUAUACGAUUCGUAUACGCUACGUGUGGACGCAGAUAUUUUUGUAUCCGCAUAAAAAAAUUUGCGGAUACAAAAAUCUCCGGAUACGUGUGGACGGGGCCUAAAACAGUGAGAUAAUUGAGCGCAAAAUGAUGAUUUUUAACUCAUUUACUGUUGCCAACGGUUAUAAUUUUGGCGCGCGAUGACCCAACGGCCGCGGUCGUCGCUUUUUCUUAGCGACAAAUAAAACUUUUGAAGGCGUUUGUUUAGCUCUUGCGGGGAAGUUUCUUCAAAAGGAGUUGCGAAUUACUAAAUAAAGUAACGCAAUACUUAAGCUCAAUUUGCAUUUGUAAACAAAAAAACUUUUCACCGGUUUUAUCGAUAACUAUUCAAGUCAAAAAGACAAAGCUUCACCUGUUAAAACUUCCAAACCGAACUUCGUCAUCUUCUUCAUGUAUUUCGGAAAUAGCUUGCUUGAUUAGUUGAGAAAUUUCUUAGUUUGUUACGGCAGCAAACCGGGAAAGCAUUUUGCUCGCAACCUACGCGAGUUUGGCGUCGCUCGCUCGGAGGAACUGGAGGUGAAUCAGUGAAUAGUGCAGGAUAUUCACUGAUUGAGUAGCCAAUCAGAGCGCCCGAAAAACACUAUGAACUGUUUUAGUAUAUACUAAAGUGAUAUAUACCAUGAUGGCUAAGCCAAUCAGGGCUCUAGAAUUGCAUUAUCCAAUGAUUCAGUUUUUAAUAAAUAAAUAUAUAUGUUGCAGUUAAUUUUUAUUUUAGUUAAUUUUUGUUUUUCCUUUGUUUUAAAUUCAUUAGAAUACAUUACAAUAUAUUACCCUCGCGUCUUCUUCGCGUCCUCUGUCUCCUCUUGGACCCUCCUCCAAUAAUUGUUUUAUUAUUCAUUCAAAAUAAUUCCUAGUUUAAAAACAUGGCUAAAACAUGCUUACCUCCAUCGAUCCGUCGAUGUUAAGUUCAUCUUCAGUAGUGCACGUUUAGGGUUGUUCAGCUCCGCAAAUAUUCCUCCAAAUAGCAGAUGUCGCCCUUCGAGUUGUCUUCUUGCUGUUCUUACCAUGUGACGUGUCCGAGUGUCCGCCAUUUUAGUUUUCACAACGAAAACAACUCAGCUUCGUCCCCAGGUCUUCUCGGUUAACGGUGCCUUAACCUGUAGAGGACUACAUUUUGACGUCAUUUCCUCGUUAAACACAAACUUCUACCAAAUUUGGUCAUCAGUAACUGGUUAUGAUGAAUUAUGCGUGUGCAUUUAGCCAAUCAGAAUUGGGGAAAUAUUUUGAAUGAAUGAUAAAUGAAAAUUAAUUCAUUAAAAUUUGAACCAUGUUCUUAUUUUCUAAAAUCGAUAAAAGAUAAUUCUGUACACUUGGGUAAAUAACAUAAGUCAACAUUUAGAAUCCUCUUUGGAGACAUAGGUGCCUUAUCACACACUCCAACUGCAAUGCUAAUUUAGUAUGCAGAUUUUGUACAAGGAAUAAGCCGAAUACCACUAAAUACUAGCUCCUAGCUACAAUUAUUUUUUUCUUCAGAAAAUAAACUUUUUAAGAACCUACCCUAAAUACCUUACAUUUGUGACUGUGCUAAUUAUUAUUUUAUCUAAGUACCUGUUCGGCUAUCUUGGGAAAAUGCCGGGUCUUAAAACGCAGGCUUUUACUGUAUUCAUCAUUUUAUUGCUUGGAAAUCUUGUAAUCCUAGAAUGCGAAGCUUGCAACGAGACUCACGUGGGUGCAGACAGUGGUGUCCUUCAGUCUCCGAAUUUCCCUCACAAUUACCCGAAUGAAGCCUACUGUUCCUGGAAUAUCAGAGUCAACCAAUCACAGCACGUGUUUUUGAUGUUCUCAUCAAGUUUCAGUUUACAGGCUGAAAACAACACAGAUGUCAUUCGUGUGUACGAUGGAGGGAAUACCACAGGGGAGGUGUUGGGAGUGUUUUACGGAGGACACCCGCCCCCUCAGGGUGGACUCUAUUCUUCAGCAAACCAAAUGUUUGUGGUUUUUAAAACGGACAACAACAAAUCUUUCUCCGGUUUCCGAGCUUCCUAUCACGCCUUAACGUGUUCCGGUAAGGAUGUUUCAGAACAACUGGCCUUCUUCUAGGCACAAUGUAGUUUUCAAUUCAAAUUUUCAAAGGCAAUAGGCCACUUCCGAGUUCCGAAAACCCUCACUUUCAAAAUGAAGCCAAUUGCACAGCCACUCUUCUGAAACUGAGUUUUAUUUGCAUGAGAAUGAGAAAUCAUCUCCAUAUCAAUGGCUGAGCACUAGUCGUUUUGAUACAGAGGCCCAGGGGAACUCGGAUAUGGGCUACCUUGUAUUGCCAUCAACCUCGAGGACAGGCAGAGGGAGCAAUUUUUUUACGUAACUUCGCUCGGUAGCUUCAAGCCUUGACGAAGACUGGCGAAUGAAGGCGUUGUUUAAACUUCACUUUUAAACAAAUUUUUAAAUCGAUGUAGAUUACAAACACCACUUAUCAACCGCGAUUGACGUCCGAGAUUACAGGGAAAUCUCAGACCGAGGCCUUGAUGUAAUAGGGAGCUUAUAAGCAACAAGGACGGUGACGGCUACGAAGACGUCACUUAAAAAAUGAAUUCGCGCUGCCUCAACUUUAUCACGCUAUCACGCUUAUUCUCUCUCGUUUAAUUCGUGAAAUGUUGGCAGAUUUUUUUGGAGUUAACUUCUAAAGGACUGUAGCAAAGUUCAGGAAAGAAAAAGAAACUUGUUGUUGUGUGUUCCCGUCCUCGACGAAACUGCGUGCAACGACAGCAAAGAAAUGGACAAUAAAGCGUGAUUCACGUGCAACGUUGUUGUUUUGCUAAUAUAAACCUUUUGCAUUUUUGCCGUUCUCGUUGCCGUCGCCGUCUUCGUUGCUUAAGCUCCCUAUUUAUACAGCGAGGCCUCGGUCUGAGAUUUCCCUGUAAUGACCAAACGGACGAGGUUAAUAAGUUCUUUAUUAUAUGGCCUUUUUACCCUCUUUUUCUUUAUAGUUGACCUCCAACACAGGGGAAAAAACACUUAUUCAAUAACUUUAAGUGAUAGCAGCCUAACACUGUCGGCCCUUGCCAUAGGGUACUUUGAGGUCUUGUCUAAAUGGGCGACGAAAUUCCACUACCUCUUGACUAUUUUCUAUUGUUUGUUUCCUUGUUUGACAUAUAUUUUGCUUGAAAUAUAUAGAUCCUCUUGGAAUGGAAAGCGGGGCCAUUUCUGAUGCUCAAAUAAGUGCAUCUUCGCAUUAUACCAAGAACUGGCGACGAGACUAUUCUGCAAAAAAGGCAAGGCUAAAUUCGAGACAGUCGUGGAGGAAUAGAGGAUGCUGGGCAGCUGCUAAAAAUGAUCGUCACCAGUGGCUUCAAGUGGACCUUGGUGGUUACACCAAAGUAACACGUGUCGCGACUCAGGGAAGUGGAUACGGACUCUCAGAAUGGGUGACAAAGUUUAAGAUCCGGUACAGUUCUGACGGAGUCAUAUGGCAAUUUUACAAAGAAUCUAAUAAUUCGAAUGCUUCAGCAAAGGUACGCUGGACUUGCUAA